GGACCGCAUCUUCGACUACAGCGACCAAAACAACGUCGAUCAGCUGACAUCUUUUGUCGUCUGUAUUGACUUUCAAGCUAUCCCACUUGCUAUCAUGGCAGGCAAAAUGCUGCAUUUCAACAGUACCUUCUUGACCUUGCCCGAUGAUCAGGAUGGGCGUCCGGUUGACAUACCCGUCUUUCGGCUUGUCCGCCAUGAUGGGCAAGGCGACAUCAGAAAGGUAGCGGACGAGGAUGACCCGAAGAUGAUCGUGCAGACGCGGACGGUCAGUAUUGGCCAAUGGAUGUUCGAUGUCAGAUCAUUCUAUGUGCGCUUGAAGGUUGAAUUCAGAAAACGCUUCAAUGAAAAACGGGUGGAGAGAUACCGGAUUGUGGAGAUGGAGUGAAUGGAAGG